ACGUAACCUCAAAAAAUUGAGUGUAACGCCACUCUGACGAUUUGGAGCUUUCGAGUUUCGAUUUAAAUACAUAGUAUUUAUUAAUUUUUACUCACUUCUUCCGUACAGCGUACGCUGAUUUUUAUAGUACUGUGCUAGUUUUUACAUCCAUUACAGUACGGAAUUCGUAAUUGUUAUUCACAAACAUGGCCAAAUUCGAUUUGACAAGCAAGAUGACGAAAUAUCUAGACCGGCAUUUGGUUGCUCCAUUGCUGGAAUUUUUGUGGGCAAAAAAGAUUUACAAUGAGAAUGAAAUUUUGCAAGCCAAAUUAGACAUUCUUAAUAAAACUAAUAUGAUGGAUUAUGUUAUUGAGAUUUACAAACAGUUGAAUCCUGAUAAAGAAGUACCUGAGGAAAUGAAAACAAGAAGAGAUCAAAUUGUAUCGCAGCUUAAUCAGUUUCAAAGUGAAGUUGAUGUUGUGAUGAAUUUCCUUAAAGAUGAUAAAGUCAUGAAAAAUAUGGAAACUAUGAGGGAUCCUAAAACAUUAUCGUCUUAUUUGACCAGUGAAUUCAACUUUAAAGUAGAAAUGAUGGAAAGUAUGUACAAAUUUGCUAAGUACCAUUAUGAUUGUGGAAAUUACGCUGGUACAACAAGUCACUUGUACUUUUAUUUAUUAGUUAUGUCGCCAUCUGAUAAGAACUAUUUGAAUGUUCUUUGGGGAAAAUUAGCAUCUGAAAUACUUAUUCAAAACUGGGAAACCGCUCUGGAAGAUUUAAACAAACUGCGGGAGUACAUUGAUUCCAAUACAAAUGGUUCUUCAUUGCAUUUGCUGCAACAACGAACAUGGUUAAUUCACUGGAGUUUAUUUGUGUUUUUCAAUCAUGUUAAGGGACGUGAUCUUAUUAUUGAUAUGUUUCUAUACAGGCCAAACUAUUUAAAUGCCAUUCAAACCAUGUGCCCACACAUUCUUCGCUACUUGGCCACUGCAGUAAUCAUAAAUCGUUCAAGAAGAGCAGCUAUGAAGGAUCUUGUCAAGGUUAUUCAACAGGAAUCAUAUACCUACCGUGACCCUAUAACUGAACUUCUAGAAAAUCUUUAUGUUAACUUUGAUUUUGAAGGAGCCAGAGACAAAUUACAUGAAUGUCAAAUUGUUCUUUUUAAUGACUUCUUCUUGACUGCGUGCCUUGAUGAUUUUGUAGAAAAUGCUCGAUUGAUGAUUUUUGAAACCUUUUGCCGUAUUCAUCAGUGUAUUAGUAUUGGUAUGUUAGCUGAAAAACUUAAUAUGAAUCCAGAAGAGGCUGAAUGCUGGAUUGUGAACCUUAUCAGGAAUGCCAGGUUAGAUGCAAAAAUUGACUCAAAACUUGGACAUGUUGUUAUGGGAACACAACCUUUAUCACCCUACCAACAGCUUUUAGAGAAAAUAGACACAUUAUCAGUGCGAUCAGAAGCACUACAACAACUUAUUGAAAGAAAAGUCAAAGCUAAAACUCAAGAACAAGAUCCACUUUGGUAUAAUCCCUGAAAAACUGUUAAUUAUGGUAAGUUCUCGACAAGUGUUUUUUCUCAAUAAAACUAAAAUAAUAUUAUUUAUAAAAUGUUAUUUUACUUAUUUAUUUUUAAUAAUUAAAAUAACUUUCAAUUCAUUUGCUGAAGUUUUUUGAAAUCCCUAAACCUUAAAAAUCCAUUUAAAACUAA